AUGAAUGGAAUAGACCUGCGAGGCAAAAACGUCACAGAAGUCUGCGAAUUACUUCGAACGAUCUCAGGCGAAGUUCGAUUUGUGGUAUCUUCGCCUGCGGAAUCUCGAAGGAAGACAACGCCAUCUUCAUCCAAAGUCAAGCAUAUGCGGGCCUUAUUCGACUACGACCCUGAGGACGACAUCUACGUCCCGUGUAAGGAGCUGGCUUUGAAAUUCCAACGCGGUGACAUUCUGCACGUGCUGAGUACGGAUGACGAAAAUUGGUGGCAGGCGUAUCGAGAAGGUGACGACCACACUCAGUCACUUGCUGGCCUCAUUCCGAGCUCCAGCUUCCAUCAACAGGUCGUCUUAUACAUGGACGAGAUUGAAAGGGAUGCUAUGCCUAAAUGCCGAACUGAGUCAAAGAAGAAAUUGCAAGAGGUCAUUCGAACGCUAGGCCGGAAAUCUUCCAAAGAAAUUCAUCGCAGUGCUGAUGAGCCAAUUGGAAACAACAUCGGCUACCAUUCAGAUUUGUUGACGUAUGAAGAAGUGGUUCUGCAUUUGGCACGCACUGAUCGGAAACGCCCACUGGUGCUGUGUGGUCCUGAAGGCGUUGGAUGCUUGGAAUUACGACAGCAGCUUCUUGAAAGUGAUCGAGAUCGCCUUGCUGGACCAGUACCAUAUACGACUCGGCCACAGCGAGACGGCGAGCUCGAUGGUAUCCAUUACCAUUUCAUUCCGAAGCAGCGCUUCUUGGACGACUCAAAGGCCGGCAAAUUCGUUGAGUUCGGGGAAUAUGAAAAGCAUCUUACGGAACGGCGGCAGCGGAUAUUGUGA